UCAUUCAGCUGAUACCUGAACAUCAUCACCUCACAUCUAACUGAAAGGUAAGACACCUGCUGCACUGCUUUUCAUUCAGUGGAGCCCAUGGCUGUGCUCUCCCUCUGUGUGUUUAUUGGUGUUUUUUUCUUCUCCACACAGAACGAUCAGUUGAUCAUCACCAUGAAGACUGUCCUGGUCCUCUCCAUACUUUUCUGUGCUUCAUUUGCAGCUCCGGCUGAAGACAAAGGGAAGGCUCCAGAAGAAGUAUUUGCACCAGAAGAUUCUGUCCCUGCUCCCAGAAACGCUCGUUUUAACUUGUGUCCAAAUGGCUGGUACAGCCAUGAAUCUCGCUGCUUCCUGUACAGCCAGACCGCCAUGACAUGGCACAGAGCUGAGGAGUACUGCAACAGCCUGGGUGCCAACCUGGCCUCGGUUACCAACCCCAGAGAGUACAGCUUCCUCCAGCAGAUAACACAGAAUGCCCGUCAGAGCAGCGUAUGGCUGGGAGGCUUCCAGCUGCAGGGCCAGUGGAUGUGGAUUGACCGUGAGGGUUUCUAUUACACCAACUGGUAUUGCCAGUCCAGCUCCAGCAGCCACCCCUGUGUCUUCUUACGCAGCAGCAAUGGUUGGGGUAACACCGCAUGUGGCACUUCUUAUACCUUUUUCUGCUCCAAAAGCCCUUUCAGAUGUUAACAUACACACUAAACAUCUGGAUUCUAAUAUUCUUUCUGAGCGGACUCAUGAAUAUUGUUUGGUGUUCUAUUAAAGUAUAGUUUUCCAUUGUGUAUUCUUUUUAAAGGAUGAAAUGUUAAAUAACUUCUGUGUAAAAGUAUUUCUGUUUGUA